UGCAAGGGGAUGACCGAGCGCAUUCAUAACAUCAAUCUCCACAACUUCAGCAAUUCUGUACUUGAGACCCUCAAUGAGCAGCGCAACCGUGGGCACUUUUGUGAUGUGACUGUUCGGAUCCAUGGAAGUAUGCUGCGAGCUCACCGCUGCGUGCUGGCUGCUGGAAGCCCCUUCUUUCAGGACAAGCUGCUUUUGGGCUACAGCGACAUCGAGAUCCCCUCGGUGGUCUCGGUGCAAUCCAUCCAAAAGUUGAUUGACUUUAUGUACAGCGGGAUUCUGCGAGUGUCUCAGUCUGAGGCCCUGCAGAUUCUCACUGCCGCCAGCAUCUUGCAGAUCAAGACCGUCAUUGAUGAGUGCACUCGCAUCGUAUCCCAGAAUGUGGGCCUGGCGGGCCCGGGAGGCUUCCCCGUUAUAUCCGGAGACUCCGGUCAAGACACCCCCCGCGGCACGCCGGAGUCCGGCACUUCGGGGCCGAGCAGUGACGCCGAGUCGGGCUGUAUGCAAACGUCCUCUCAGCAGAACGUGGAUCGACCGUACACGUCGCUGUAUCCCUACUCGGGCCUAUCCAACGGCACCCGUGAGCGCUCCCUUUACAUCAACCCCAAUUACGAUCAGAGUGGCGGCAUUCAGAAAGACCAGCAGUCGCAAGAUCCACCGUGGAUGAACCGAAUCCAGGAUAGAUCCCAGCAGGUGGAGCGCUUCAUCUCCCAGGCCGAGUCCACGCACUGUCGUAAGCAGCCCCGACCGGUACGGCUACAACCGGGCGGAAGGCACAUCAAGCAGGAAGCCGAAGACGAAUACGGUUGCUUUGACAGCGUUGCCGACUGCCAGGUGGAAAACGACCAUGCCGCGGGUAUUGUGAGCGAGUCCAAGGUGGAAAGUUUUGACUCCGGUGUCAGCUCUUCCAUCAGUACCGAGCCGGAUACCAUGGAGCAGCAGCCGUACCUGAGCUUUAACAGGGAAGGGGGUGGCGAAAGUCAGCAAGGGGAAGGCGGCCCGGUCGAGGUCAACGACUCGUCGCCGGAGCAAGCGCAGGAACCUGAUGAGGGCGACCAGAGCCACAUCACUAGUGACAAUAUCAUAAUGCAGCCCCUGGCCAAUCCAAUCAUGCCACAGUCCCUGGCCAGCGCCCCGCACUACCUGCGGCAGGUGGAGCCACACACCAGCAAUCUCCGAAUGCCGCACCCCGUGACCAGCAACUCCCAAGUGAUUGGCCCCACCACCGGGGGCACCUUCUUGCCCACUCUCUUCCCGCAGCCGGCUAGAGAUAGCAAGUCCUUCAUUUACCUUCCGGGCCAGCUUCCUCCCGCUGCCAUGCCGUCAUUCCCCAACGCCAUGAGCGUGCCGCCGGCGUCAUCACAGCAGCAACAGGCAAUGGGUCAGGGGGAGAAGAAACCCUAUUCAUGCACUCUCUGCUGUAAAACCUUUACUGCAAAACAGAACUACGUCAAACAUAUGUUUGUGCAUACGGGAGAGAAGCCUCACCAGUGCAGCAUCUGCUGGCGCUCGUUCUCCUUGAAGGAUUACUUAAUCAAACACAUGGUAACCCACACCGGGGUGCGGGCCUACCAGUGCAGCAUUUGCAACAAGCGCUUCACCCAGAAGAGCUCUCUCAACGUCCACAUGCGGCUGCACCGUGGAGAGAAGUCCUACGAGUGUGUCAUCUGCAAGAAGAAGUUCUCCCACAAAACCCUGCUGGAGCGCCACAUGGCCUUGCACAGCACAGGCAGCGCCAUCGUGGGGCUGACGGGCGCCGCCGGCACCCCCGGCCCUGCGGGCUGUCAAGAAGGGACCACCUACAUGUGUUCUGUCUGCCCCGUCAAGUUCGACCAAAUGGAGCACUUCAACGACCACAUGCGGAUGCAUGUCUCUGAUGGAUAA